CAGAGAGAAGGAGCUCGCGCGUCCGGGAAUGACAGCCGCUGUCACCGCGAGUGACAGCUUUCACUCUGGCCCGCUCCACUGACCCACCCAACUUCUUCUUGACCGCUUGACACGUUCGACUCCGAUCCGAACCGGAUCCACCACAGACCGGGACUAUGCCAGAGAUGGAGAAAGGGAGACCGCCAGAAAGUAAACGCAGCAGGAAACCCGCGCACCCCGUAAAGAGGGAAAUAAACCAGGAGAUGAAGACCUUUGCAGAAAGCACUAUGAACGAGCUCCUGGGAUGGUAUGGCUACGACAAAGUAGAUCUCCGAGACGCCGAGGCCAACGAGAUCAGGAACUACAGAGAGAGGCGCCAGCAUGUAUCUGUGUUGAAAGAAAACUCUUUGCCAAAACCCAAAACCCUGGACGGCAAAGUCAGUCACUCGGUCCUUGCUAUGAAGAGCGUCGAGAGGGAGUCGUUCAGCGUUCCCUCAUCGUCUUCUUCCUCUUCGUCAACAAGCAUCUCCUCGAGCACACCCAAGGAGCAAAAGACUGCACCCGUCAUUGUACCUCUCAUAAAGCCAUCAGCAGUGGACGACGUACAAAAUGUGCAGAUAGUCUGCGUUUGGUGCCAGAAGGAAGGUGUCAAGCGCUACUCUCUAUGCAUGGGUUCCGAGCUCAAGAGCUUCUGCAGUGAGAAAUGUUUUGCCGCCUGCAGACGGGCCUACUUCAAGCGCAAUAAGGCCAGAGAUGAGGACCUCCAUGGGGAGAGAUCCCCCCAGCACCCCCAUACAGAGGACUCACCAAGGCUGGUGAUGAAGAUAAACAGCAAUGUUAGAUCUCUCUCUCCUGGGUUGCAGGUGUGUGAUUGGUGUAAGCAUGUCCGCCACACCAAAGAAUACCUGGAUUUUGGAUCUGGUGAAGAACGACUCCAGUUCUGCAGCACCAAAUGUCUAAAUCAGUAUAAGAUGGAUGUGUUCUACAGAGAGGCUCGUGCAGCCCUUACAUGUUCCAGCCCAGCUAGAGCUGGCCAAGAGGGGAGGUCGGACCACAAUAUUGUUGGGCAAAAGCUUCUCACUCCAGAGUCUUGGAACAGCAGUAGUAGUACAGGGGAAGCACAUCAAAGAAACAUAUCUCCUAAGGGCCCUACACCAAUCCUUGGAACAUCAGAAUCAUCAUCCACGUCCCCUUCAGAGUCGUCAUCCUCUUCGAAGCUUCCUGUCACUGGGCAUAGAACUCUGGACAGGCCCAUGCAACCUCCUCCACCUCCUCCUGCUGUAGAAGUGUCACCUCACCCUACACUUAUUCCUCCUCCUCUUCCACACCACCAGCUAGAACAUCCACUGAUUCCUCAAAUGCGAAUGCCCUUCAUUAGACCUCCUCUUCAUGCCCAGGGUCUUAGAAGCCCUCUUACCACUGCUCACCAUCCAAGACCCCCUGGUCCAUCUUCCAGCCCUAUCUACAGACCUCCCCAUUCUCCACACCUGCAGCCCCCCACUUCCUCCUCCAUCAACCCCCCAGGAUUGAUGCAUCCUCUUCCUCGGCCUUACUACCCUGGCUUGCACUCGCCUCCACUUAUGUUACCCAGAGGCCCUGUUCCAAUGCCUCCCUUAAUGAACUUUGGCAUUCCUUCCUUUAGUCCUCUCCUACCCCAGCCCACUGUCCUGGUACCAUACCCAAUUAUUGUUCCUCUACCUGUCCCAAUACCCAUUCCAAUACCAAUUCCAGUCCCCCCCAAAACAAAUCUAGAAACCCAAAAUCACACUGGAGUUAUACAGCCUGUGCCAGAGGGAACAGACAGCUGUAGAUCCAUACCUGCAAGGUUUCCAUCUCCUGGGAUCCCUGAGGGGAACAACCAAUUGCUACACUACAGACUAAGUGGAAACAUGCAUCAUGGUCUCCCUUCACCCAGUGACCCCAAUGCCAAGGACAUAGGCUGGGUUAAAUCUGAGAGACCAUUCUCAUCACCAUCAUCAACGUGUUACAGUGGGACAUUGUCCCCCAGAGCGCAGUACAACACAUCACCCUCCUCAACACGCAGCUCGGAAGGACCGACAGACUUUAAACAACAGCACUCAGAACGACAAGUUAUACAGAGGGUUUUACAGAGAACCCAAGUGAAGCUGGAAUCCAAUUUCAAGGCAGUCGUGGACUUCUCAGGACCGGAAGAGUCAGGUUCUGUUCAGGGUACCAAAUCAGGGCUCCAUGCGAUAAUUAGACCCAGUCCACCUCCACCACCACAGCCCCCUUCACAUGACACUGUAUACCAACAAGACUGCCACACCUCACCUUCACACACUCCACCAAGCCCUAUUGUGAACAACCACCCAUAUGAUGCCAUGGCUUCCAUCCUGAAAUCUCAGAACUAUGGUCCUAAUGAGAUUUCCUCAGUGCUAUCCAUAGCCAGUCCAGGCUCACCCUUACCCCAGAGAGUGCCUGUACCACCCACAGAUCCUGCACUAACUGAGCUUGAAUCUAUAAAAGAAAACAAGUGCUCAGUUGUCUGCUCUGUACGAGUUGAUGGUCCACUCAAUCAGACAGAAGAGCCUAUAGCAGCAGUUCAGGAUGCAGGAGAGGACCCACACUUGCCAGACGAGGACCACGCCUAUGCCCUACCCACUGCACCAAAGACGGGUGGGACCACCACCCCACUGCUCUUGCCCAAACUCAGGGACAAGGGUAGCUUGAGGAGCCCUGCUAAUACGCCCAGUGCUGGAGACAUGGAGCCAGCUCUGAAAAGGAGAUGCCUACGAAUCCGUGAUCAAAACAAAUAAAAAGAGCGGAUGAACAGCACCCCUGUUCAACAUAGUAUGGCAGCGCCAGAUUCAGUACCCCGCCCUCGUGUGGACGGUGCCAGUGCUAACACCUUCCCGCCUGCUCUCCACAGCCCACCAGUGUUGCCCGGCCUGUGGACCAGCAGGAUGCCAAAGCAUGACACCCAGAUGGCCACAAGAAGUCUAUGUGGGGGGGACACACAACAUAAUCACACAUUUUGGACCAAAAAAAAGUGUCACAGGGUAGUGUGUUCUGUUGUGUCCAAGGACUGGUUUAUACAGACCGUCUUUUCACAUCUUGUCAGGCAAUUCCCUAAAGUGUGUUGAUGUUUGUCCACUCGUCUUCCUCAACCCCCUUCUCCUCCUCCUCUUCCUUGGUCCACACAGCAGACAAGGCACUGAUCAGCCUUGUGUGGUCUUCUCAGAUGGAGCCUGAACAUGAUCUCUUUCCAGGGGAAACGGCUUGUUUUCUCUGCCCAGCUUGCACAAAGAGCCACAUUGUUCCUCUCCGCAUGUACCACACAAACUCCCUGAUCCAGGUUUUGGGUUACCUGGCCGACGGGGGCUCAGACUUCAGGAGAAGGAUUUUUUUUUUUUUUUGACCGACAGCUAGAAAUAUAGGAUAACCUCUCUUCCAUCUCCCUGCCAAAUCUAAGUACACUAACCCUUGAAUUCUGAAGUAUUCACCAACUACUUUUUCUUCCUUUCGGGGAGCGGUGAGAUUAUUAUUUUUUUUAAACAUCACAGAGGAAUUUUGGAGUUAAGACUGUUGACUGAGCAGUAUGACAGAUGUCUGAAUUAGAUACCUGUAAAAUAAUGUAUAAAAAGCAUAGAUUAUAAAAGGGAUUACCUACUGAUACACUAGGAUGAUAUGUGAUCACUCUAGUGGUCCUGAUGAUGUGGGUCCAUAAAUGUUGUUUAAAGACCCCAGCUAUCAAAAUUCACCUUAUAUGUUCAGAUGGACGUUUGACCACAUUUCCUUAAUCGACGACAGAGAAAAUAAUGACCUUUUUUUUUUUUUUUUUUUUUUUUAUAAAACGGAACAAGAGAAUUUCUUGUACGAAGCACCACAAUGAUGCCUAUAGGAGGUGUGCGCAUGUUGCUCAACUUCCCACAGCUGACUUUUGACAGCUAACUACUGCAGACUGAAUCAACAGCGCCUCUGCUGGUUGCAGCUAAGUAGCGCACUCUAAUCUGUUGCCUCAAAACGCAAUUAAUCAACAAUCAAAUCCACACAAUCAACCAAAUUCUUGUUCAAUUAUUUAAUAAUUAUGUUAAAAAAAACAUUUUCUACUUGCAAAGAAUGCCAUAAUGGCACAACGUUGUACAACCGAUCUAGAUUCUACCUUUUAAAAAGGGGCGCUGAUGAAAUGAUUCCAGAAAAUAGCAGGCUUGUCAUUUUUAGGUGUUAUAUUAAACCAUCAAAUGCUGUAGUAUACAGCAAUCAGUAUUACAUUUCCCCCUUUUUGGAACACAUCCUGAGAUUUUAUUUUUUCCCCCCCUCUUUGAUCACAGACAUACAAAGUUUGUGUUAUAAUAAUUUAUGGAUGAGACUCAUAGAUUAACACGAAAGUGAUUUUAUUUGUCAGUUCUUAUUCACAAAGUCACGUAUGUGUGCGUUUUGAAGCUCUUAAAUCCCCAUUCUAUUUAUACAGAUAGGUCUAAACACAUUAGGACAGUGACAGGGUUGUCAUGAUUUUGCCUUUAUACCCCACCACGAAAUAAAGUCAAAGUGAAAGUCUACACUUUAAUCACAUCUUGAGUCUUUCAAAUCCAUUAUGGUGGUUCAUAAGGAUAAAUCAUCAAAACUCCGUCACUGUCCAAAUACUGUACUCCUGUAACCUAACUGUACUGCAUCCCCACUAGAGAGCACUAUAUGCUUUGGAAAUGUUACAUCUGCUUGUUUGUGGUGAGUCAGCACCAGGAAAUGUUACCAGUGCCACCAGACGGACUUUAAAUGCCAAAUACAUGAUCUGCUAUGCCAUUAUUUUACUUUUCAUGCCAUAAAGCAUUAUCACACACACAAAAAAACGCAAGUGUGUAGUCCUAUUUGAUGGGCUAAGUAGCCAACUCAACAGUUAGAAUAACCAUAUCCGAAUGUGACCCCCCACCUGUGCCAUCAUUCCAGAACUACAUCCACUUAUGUGUGCUUGUCCAAGCGCAUGCGUGACUGCUGCGGCGACCCACGUCACGUCACAUCACCCCACUCAUUCCAGCCUCCACUCUCACCACCACAGGUCAUUGGGAUGCCAUUACUGGAAGUCAUCCUUGGCUGGCCAAGGGACUUGGACAACAGCUUGUGUGAGUCACUACAAAUAAAUAAAGAAAUAAAAUAACCCUCUUAUCACACCAUAGGCCAAAACAAGUCAAAUAUAUGACUGCCAUUACUGAUUUUAUUGCACAUUUUAACUAUUGGCUGCCCCCCCCCCCCUUAUGCUUUAUAUGUCCUUACUGAAAUUUGGUAAAAAGUACUUUAGUGUCACAGUUUUGUUUCUAUCACACAUUUAGCCCACUGAAUAAAUACCACAGGUUGUUUGUAUUUGAACUAUUU